AAUCAGUGAGGAACUGGGAGUGCCCUGCUGCAUUCAGAUUUUUUGUGUGCUGAUUUUCUGUUUCGAUUUAUACCAUCUUCUGUUAACUGUCCAUCAAAUUGUUUGGAGUUAUGUCUGUGCCAGCCAUGGAUUCUUUUAAGACUGUCCUGCGGUUCCUCACCAAUCAGAAGAGUACUAUUGGCUAUAGCUUCAUGGCCCUUUUGACUAUAGGCAGUGAAAGAAUUUUCUCCAUGGUGUCUUUCCAGUGUCCGUGCAACCGUGGACAGAAUUUUGCCUACGGAAUAACUUUUCUGCUCGGCCCGGCCGUCGUCCUGCUAGCCCUUGGACUCUUUAUUAGUACACGUCUUUGGCGGUUGUGUACUGGGUGCUGUCUCAACCCAUUCAAACUAUGCCCCAGGGGUAACUUUCUAGGUUGCGCGUCAGCGCUUAUAAAUAUACUAAGUACUGCUUGUAUUGCCCCUAUAAUGUGGCUUUGUGUAGCACUGCUCAAUGGAACUUUUUAUGAGUGUGCUGUCAGUGGCUUGGACGAAAAUAUGGUGGUGGACCUUUUCUGCAAAAACAAGACACCUGCAUGCCGAGAAGAGCUAGCGCGAGUGCCUUGCGGGAAGACUCAGCUCUCUGCGGAUGAGAACAAAGAACUGCUGCUAAUGCUACGAGCUCAGUCACAGAUCCUCGGCUGGUCCAUCAUUAUCAUCUCGGCAGUAGCGACACUGAUCGGGACAUGCUACAAGAACUGUCGCUCUCAGGUGAGCUACCUGCAGUUAACUUUCUGGAAGAUCUACGUUGUGAAGGAGCAGGAAAAACUUGAGACUUUCGCAGAAGAAUACGCCACCAAACUGGCAGAAAGGAACCUCAAGAGCUUCUUUGACAACAAACAUCCCGAAGCGUUUCCCUUUCCGAACCACAAGGCCUGGGAGGAGAUCUCUGCUACGUACACGUUUACCCAAAGUGAACAGUACUACAGCACCCUACAGAGAUACGUGGAGCGUGUGGACCGGGACUACACCCCUGAGAAGCGUCCUGUUCUAGAGAGUGAAGAUGGUAUAGAGAUGGCAUAGAUGCACAAAGCUCUUGGUUAAAACAAUAUGAGCAAUGCUAUAACCAUUGCACCAUACUGAAGUCAUGUAUACUGUAUUUCAGUAUAGUGUUAAGAGUUUGUUUUGUUGGUUACUUCCUGUGUUAAACAAUCCAACUUAAAGGUUUUCUGUUGUUUUGUAAAUUAAGGAACUGGAUAUUUUAAUCCGUAACAACUACUGUUUUUUAGACAUGAAUAGAGAAACAGAUCUCAGGGCCUAAAGAGAUACUGACAGAAAUCUGAGCCUGCUUUUUGAAUGAUGUUUCUGCAAUAGAAGUUACUUUCAUGUCUUUAUUGCACUGGCGCUUGAGUAUGUUGGUUUGAUAGUUGGUUUUGCAUAGAAAGAAGAUGUGAAACCAGUUCUCAAGGCAAGGUUUUGCUACCUGUGGCUUUUUACGUUGCCAAGUAUUUGUCUCCAUCUUCUUGUAAAUUAGCGAGUGCGAAAUAAUGUAAAAAGCUGUUACUCAGUAGAAUUUUAAAAUAAAUUCCAUACAUUGUUUACAAUAAGGUGACAUUGCUCUUAUGGCCUUUAACACAAUGUAGAACAUGUAAACCGCUUUGCUUAUUUACAUCGCUGCUUUUAAGUAGGUGACAAACAGGAAACCCACAUUCUGAAUACACAACAUCAAACAUUAGUAAAGAGACUUGAGUUUUUAAGUAAAUUAACUCUGCAAUUAAAGCAUGGCACUCCUGGAAUAGUUUAUCAAAAACAAACACGAAUGAAUUGAUAAAGUAUAAAAAAAUAUUUUUGAAACUUUGCAAGUGGUUUUCAGCCUAUUUGUGGUGUCAAUUUCCUGCAUUGUUGUGAAAGAAUUAUCAGACACACGCAUGCCUAAAAACAAUUAGGCAACAUUUAUUCAUAUGGACUUCGGUCUCAAGCUGGUUAAAUAAUGUAUGUGACCAAAUGGUUUCAAAAACUAUUUAAAUAUUUAUAUGCAACAAAACAGUACAAAAGCCUGAAAUAAAACAAUUACAGUUGUGAAAUUGGGAACUGCAAUGACAAAAAGACAGUCCACCUGUCUCAGUCAUUGGCUGGAAGGAAAAUAAACAAAGAUGUUUUUUAAAGCCUAUGUGUAAGAAGCAAACACUGUCUGUAAAUGUAUUUUUCACAUACAAUUUUUUCAUUCAUGUAUUGUUUUGUAUUUUGUACCAAUAUCAUACUUUUUGUCUGUUUUAUCUCUAUAGUAUAUUUUGUGUUAUACUUACCAUUUGAAUAUUUGCUAUUACUAUUAUGUAUGCUUUUUUCUAUACCAAUAAAUUAUGGAUUGUGUUUAUUAGCUAAAAGCAUAACAUCAGGAUGAAACUGUACAUUCAACUUUAACAUACACAAAACCUGAAUGAAGAAAAGGUCUGUGACCUGCAUUCCAAA